AUGUAUAUUAUGCAUAAUUUACAGUAUUAUUUUCAAUUUUAUUUAUUUCUUUACAUUCAAUUAUUAAUUGAUUACACAAGUUGUUAUUCAUUUAAUCAAACCAAUUCAAAGGAAUUAUUUUAUUCUAUCAAUGAAGAAUCAGAAAUUGGUUCUUAUAUAGGUAAUUUAAAAUUAGAUGCAGAAAAGAAAUUUUUUAUGAAUUUAAUGAUGAAUGAGAAUAAUUUGCCCACCUUUGAACUAUAUGAUGAUACAAAUAAAAAUUUAUUUCGUAUUGAAGAAACAAGUGGAAAAUUGUUUGUUGCAUCACGUAUUGAUCGUGAAACAUUAUGUCCACAACCUGAUAUGAUUGCAGAAGAAUUCAAUGGAUUAUUAUUGAAUGAUCAACGUUCAAUCUUGUCAUCAUCAUCAUCAUCAUCUUCAAUGAUGGACAGUAGAUCAAAUGAAAUUUUACCACCGAAAGAAUGUCAGAUUCACUUGACAGUUUGUAUUUCACGUAUACAUUGGAUUAAUACAAAUUCUAACGAAAAGCCAUUUUAG